AUGGAUAAAUUACCUCCUCUGCCUUCCAUUACGCGGCUGAGUAACUCAGUUGUACGAGUGCUAGGCCAGAAUCCUGGCAAAUUCACACUUCAAGGCACAAAUACCUACCUCAUCGGCCCUACGAACCCAUAUAUUCUACUUGAUACUGGAGCAGGGCAAACAGCCUUUCCACCACUCCUCCAAUCAAUGCUCAAAGCAACACACGCCCAUCUCCCAGAUAUCUCCGACAUUGUAAUAACCCAUAAACAUCAUGAUCAUGUCUGUGGUCUACCCUCCGUUAUUGGGGUCCUCCGAGAACUCUGGGUAGCUCAGAACGGCGGCGUCUAUCACGACUUGCAUGACGGGCAAAGCAUCUUUAUCCCGUCGCCCGACGCACCUCAGCAAGUGCUGAAGGUCAUCCAUACACCGGGGCACACCGCAGACUCGAUAUCAUUGCUCUACCCUACGGAUCGCGCACUAUUUACUGGUGACACCGUCCUUGGGAAAGGAACUGCUGUGUUCGAAGAUCUCGGAUCAUAUGUGGCAAGCCUUCGCACCAUGCUUCAUGCUGCACGUAAUGAGGACUUUGGACAAGGGAAACCGGAAGGGAAAGCAGAGGCAACGUAUACCCUGUUAUAUCCUGGCCACGGACCUGUCGUUGAGGAAGGCACAACGACGAUACGGAUGUACAUCGAGCACCGCUUGGAGAGGGAGGAACAGAUAAUUGAGGCCAUCGGAGUGCCUCCGCCUGGCAGCUCGGACGAUAUAUGGACGACGUGGGGCGUCGUCGAGAAGUUGUAUGCAAGAUAUCCACAGUCAUUGUGGGAGCCUGCAGCGCAUGGCAUUCAGUUGCACCUGAAGAAGCUCGAGAAAGAGGGGAGGGUAAUUUAUGACGGUGGAGAAGGAAAGGAGGCUCGAUGGAAAUUGAUUACAGGAUAACGGUUCAUGACCGUCUUGGGACUCUUGUAGGGAUUAAAUUGGAUAUGUAUAUCAAUGUUGUAUGAUAUGGAUUGUGCAUGUUAUAAAGCACUUCUAUCGGAAUUCUGCCACCCUUAC